CUUUAAAUUGUAAAACAAAUAAUACUUUAUUAGUUCGUUAAUAUCGAUAAAUUUCUAUAUUUAUUUUGUUUAACAAACAUUAUUAUAAAGAUAAGAAAUAAUAGACAACAUACAAAUACAGAUAAUAUAUCACUUAUAUGAAUAGCAUAUCAGUUUUACUUUAUUUUCAUUCGAAAAAGUAUAAAAGAAAACAUCUAGGUAAUUAUACAUUAGUUACAAUUCUUUCCUCAUAAAUUCGUUUUUUAGCAAUGAACACCAAAGACGUCUGGACUACACUUUUAUUUAUAAUUUCCUUUUUCUUCAAACAAAGUAUCGCAAACGAUUGUGUGCCUUACCGUGUAGAUGACGAAAUAAUCGCGUGUGUCUGCAAUGCGACAUAUUGCGAUGGUAUACCGGAUAAUAGUCCGGAAGUACCUACGGAAGGUAAUUCCUAUUGGUACGUGUCAAAUAAGCAAGGGCUGCGAAUGAAGGUGUCAGAAAUAAAGUUUGACAGUUGUGAGAACUUCGACGCGGAUACAACAAUCACCGUAGACAGUAAGAAAAAAUAUCAAAAGAUAAUUGGAUUUGGGGGCGCAUUUACCGAUGCCACUGGUAUAAACAUAGCGAAACUCAGUCGAGCUACUCAGAAUCAAUUGAUUCGAGCGUAUUAUGAUCCGAAAAAAGGAAGCAGAUAUACAUUGGGCCGUGUACCUAUUGGCUGCACCGAUUUCUCUACAAGAAUUUACACGUACGACGAUGUUCCCGGUGAUACUUUGUUAAAAAACUUUUCCCUUGCACCGGAAGAUUACAAUUACAAGAUACCAUAUGCAAAAUUAGCUAUUGAAUUAAAUCCUGAAGUAUUAUUGUUCGCCGCUGCAUGGAGUGCCCCAUUGUGGAUGAAACAAUUCGACAACAAUAUCACUUAUUUAAAAGAAGAACACUACGAAACCUACGUUAAUUAUUUGAUUAAAUUUUUGGAUAAAUAUAAAAGAAACGGUCUUGAUAUAUGGGGAAUUACACCUAGCAAUGAACCGUUACUCGGUUUUAUGAUCAACGAUUCAAAUAUUAGUAUGACAUGGAUACCUGAAACACAGGCUAAUUGGAUUGCUAACUAUUUCGGCCCGACUUUGGCAUCAUCACCGUUUAAUAAAACGUUACUUUUAACUUACGACGAUAACAGAAACAAAAUAAUCGAAUAUGUCGAAACAGCGAUUAAGAUUGGAGGAAAAUAUAUUGCUGGAAUAGGUGUACAUUGGUAUCAAGAUUUAAUUUAUCCUGUAACUGUCGUAGAUUAUAUACACGAGAAAUUUCCUGACAAAUUUAUUCUUAUGACCGAAGCAUCCAUAUUUGAUUCAAUAUGGACUUCUAGCAGUAAACUUAAAUCAGAAGCAUGGCAGAGAGGCGAAAAAUAUAUUUUAAGCAUAAUAGAUUACAUGAAUCAUUGGUCAGUUGGAUGGGUAGAUUGGAAUAUGGUUCUGGAUAAAACUGGUGGACCAACCGUUACUAAUAACAAACUCGACGCUCCUAUUAUCGUAAAUCCAGAAACCGAUGAAUUUUAUAAACAACCUUUGUAUUAUGCUAUCAAACACGUUAGCAGAUUCGUUGAUAGAGGUUCUUUCCGAAUUUCUAUUACUGAUAAUAAUUCGGUCAACUCUACAGCUUUUCUUACACCUUCGGGAGAAACGGUUGUUGUAUUAUACAAUGGGGCCACUUCUACAAAACGUAUAAUUCUAAAGGAUUUGCAAAAAGAUAAUAAACUUUGCUUGGAAUUAUCUCCGCAGUCUAUGAAUACUUUAAAAUAUAAAUAAUAAAAAUUUUUUUAAUAUUACUUUAAUCUAAAUCACGAUUAAAGUAGGAAGAAGAAGCAAUAAAAAUCAAAUAGAAUAAAAUAAAUAAAAUAAAUAGAAAUAUUUUAUAAGCAUUUUUAUAAACAUAAAUGCUUUUAUAUAUUUUAUGUCAAAUUCUUAUAUAAGAAUUUAAAUAAUAAAUUAGAUAUCUUAUAAUAUUAUAUAAAAAAAUAAAAAAAAUAAAAUAUCUUAUAAGAUUAUUAUAAAAAAAUAAAAAAAAUAAAAUAAUUUCUUUUAAAUUGUA